UUUGUUCAUCAUUAAUUCCUAAUUUGUUGACAUGAUGCUUGUCUCCUCUUUGUGGUGGUGGCACUAGCACCUAAGUGGUUCAAGAUAUCACUCUGGAAUCUUGCCACAAAACCAGGUGCAUCACUUUUGAUCAAUAGGAUUGGAUUGAGGCACAAAUGCUCGCUUGAGUUUGCUGAUCUAGUUCUUAAUGAGAUGAAGACUCAUAUGGAAACUCCCAAAAUACUUGAGCUUCUUUCCAACAUUGUCCUUGAGGCUGCAUCUCGUGGAAUCUCUGAAAUUGUCAAGUUGUGUUUCGAGCAUUUUCCAGAGUUGACAUGGAAUGAAAAUUUCACAAAACAACUGAUAAAAGAAGUUGUGAACAGACGGUAUGUGGAGUUGUUUAGACUAGUGAAUGCGGCCAGAACAAUUCCAUUUUUGACUGCUAAUACGAUGAGGAAAGACAUCCUGAUGAAGGCAGUAGUAGAAUGGUCACCAAGAUGUCUACUGACAGAUGUUUCUGGAGCACCUUUUGUUAUGCAGAGGGAACUCCAGUGGUUUAAGGUACUGGAAGAUACAAGUGAUCCCUCUUCUAAAAGUCUGAAAUUUAAGAAGAUGCUGCCAGGUACGAUCGAUCCUGCUUUAAAAAGUCUGAGAUUGCCAGAUGAUGAAAAACCAUAUUGGGAUGAUUUUGUCGAAAAUCGCAAACAAUUGCUCAAAGAGGCGGGGGAGUGGAUGAAGGAUACAUCAGCAUCUUGUAGCCUUGUCUCGACUCUCAUCAUUACGGUAGCUUUUGCUGCAACUUUUCAAGUACCGGGAGGCAAUAACGAUGAAGGGAUCCCGAUCUUUCUGAAAAGGGUCUCUUUCAUGGUAUUUGCGGUUUCAGACGCUUUUGCUCUCUUCUCCUCUGUCACCGCCACCUUGAUGUUCUUGGCUAUCCUAACUUCACGCUAUACUGCAGAAGAUUUUCUCAUGUCACUACCGGGAAAAAUGAUACUGGGCCUCACUUUUCUCUUCCUCUCCCUGGCCUUUAUGUUGGUGGCAUUCGGCUCUGCUCUUACCAUCGUACUGAGCGAACGAUUCCUCCAGAGCGAGCGAUUGAUGUGGAUUUACAUUCCAAUUACUUUGUUCGCUGCCAUCCCUGUCGUAUUAUUCGCAAUCCUACAACUUCCCUUGUAUUUUGAAAUGGUCGUAUCCACCUAUUGGCCUCGCCUCUACCGUCCCUUGAAGCUUUGGGAAUAAUCCUGGCUUAUUAGUAGACAAGGACAUUUGUGAUGAUCUUUGUUUGCCCUUGUUAGUGUGUGUGAAAUGCGAAUAUUAUGGUGUUUACUCA